GCCUAGGCUAAAUUUCAGGGGGCUUUUCAGGAGGGAAACUUCACUAGCCUAGCUAGAUUUGUCUCGAGUUAGAUUUUUUGUUUUAAAUUGGGCUACCCGAGUGUUCUUUUAGAAAUAUAGCUAGAGAUUUUUUUUAUCACACUGAAGUUGAUCUGAGUGUUUCUGAUUUAGGGAGUCAUGUCUGGUAUAGCCUUAAGUCGUCUUGCACAAGAAAGGAAGGCCUGGAGAAAAGACCAUCCUUUUGGGUUUGUUGCUGUGCCAACAAAAAACCCAGAUGGAACAAUGAACUUGAUGAAUUGGGAGUGUGCCAUCCCUGGAAAGAAGGGGACCCCAUGGGAGGGGGGCUUGUUCAAACUCCGAAUGCUCUUCAAGGAUGACUAUCCUUCUUCACCUCCCAAGUGCAAAUUUGAGCCCCCUUUGUUCCAUCCAAAUGUAUAUCCCUCUGGUACAGUCUGUCUAUCGAUUUUAGAGGAGGACAAAGACUGGAGGCCAGCCAUCACUAUCAAACAAAUAUUGUUAGGAAUCCAAGAGCUCCUAAAUGAACCAAAUAUCCAGGAUCCUGCACAAGCUGAGGCGUAUACAAUUUACUGCCAAAACAGAGUGGAAUAUGAAAAAAGGGUUCGAGCACAAGCCAAAAAGUUUUCUCCAUAAAGCUUCAAGACUACACAAGAUAGAAGAAAUUGGUUUGCUGAGGAUUUUGUCUCUGCCCCCUUUUUGUCUGCCUCCAACUAUGCCAGUGCUCACCUAUUUCCUGCUGGACUGUUUUUAAAACUGAAUGUGUGCCAUUUCUGUCCAUCACCCACAUACUGAUGCACCCUUUUGCUUUUUUGAUUCGGAAGUCCAGGAUUUGAAGGUGCACUAUGCCGCCACCACAAAGGAUAUUCCGUACUCCUACUGUGGUAUUUCUUUUUUCAAGAGCUCACGCUUGUCAGAAAAGACUGUAUGAAAUGGGAGUCACUUCUGUUGAUUUUUAUUCAUGUGUUCAAUGGUAGGCAAAAUAAUUGUAUGUUCUGAUAAAGAUAUAGAAAAACAG